AUGGAUGAGGAAGGCAAGGUUAGCAAUCACAGCAAUAACAAGGAUCAGGAAGAAGAGGUUAGCAAUCAAAGCAGUGACACGGAUCAGGAGGUGGAGGUUAGGAGUGACAUCACUGAAAUCGGUAAGAUGUUUGCACAUACGGCUGAGAUUGAGGUUGUCUAUACUGAUGACAACCAUAAAGCAGCUGAGAUUGUCGACAUGUACGAGCAGUGGCUUAGCAAGGAUGAAUACAAUUUCGUGGGCCUUGACUUUGAGUAUUGCGACUCAGAAUAUGAAGAUGACUAUCAUAUCGCCGUUGUUCAACUAUCGAUGAACAAUCAUGUAUUGGUAUACCAAUGGUCUAGUAGCCUGAAGUGGUGUCCGAAACUUAUGGAUUUCUUAUGCAGCGGCGUACAUUUUGCUAGCGUUGACAUAAGGAAUGACAAAAUAGCAAUCAAGCAAAGUUGGAAUAUUGAGAUACCAAAUGAGUGCCACAUUGAUCUUCAAGACUUGUUCAAGCUCGAUCGUGACAGGACUGGUAUGGCUGACAUGGCAGCCACCCUCAUAGACAGUAGCUACAAAGGAAUGAAGAAGGAGUCCCCAUCUGUUCAGCACAAGUUCUGGGAGAAGAAUCCGCUUGGUGAUAUUAAUAUUGAGUAUGCAGCCAGAGAUGGUUUUGUGGCGUAUCAACCGUAUCGUAUAAUUCGUGCCUGCAACUAUUGA